AUGGCGUCUGAUUCUAAAACGAACAAUGCCUCUGAUCGGAGUGGAAUUGGUGAUGCCGACUCUUUGGCAUCUACCGCAGAAAGUGAAGAGGAAGCGGAGUACUUCGUGAAUGGCAUCCAUGCGGAACGGCGGUUCUACGUUGAACCGGAUUCUGAGGAUGAUGAAGGUUCCUUCAUCACUCAGUAUUUGGUCGAAUGGGCUGGAUACAGCAUGGAGAGGUGCAGUUGGGAGCCGAAGGAAAUGUUUACUUCGGAAGAGACCCUAGAUGGCUGGGAAGAGAAAAAAAGGCAGAUCGCGGAGGGCAAGAAGAAGCCCUUCGAUCUCAAGGAUUGGGAGAAUAAGGUGGAUUUGUUGGAGAAGGAGACAAAAAAGCGAAAAGAAGACCGAAGGCGCAAAAGAGAACAAAGGGCACGACGAAAAAGCCUCCCUCGGGCUGAAUCACUGGCCAACCUCGAUAUUAUAGAUACCGAUGAGCCCGAAGCAGGCAUUGCAUCCCGCAGAGCUCCCAGUCACCUAUCCGUGGAUUCCAUCGCUUCGGCCUUAUUUGUUCCAGCUGAAGCCCCACCACCAUUAAAAACCGUGGUGCCUCGCCACUCGCCGCAGCAACGAUCACCUCGAAGAUCAGCUACCUCUAGUGCGCAAACAAAUCGGAACGAGCCUCCAGGAUCAACAAGCUUGAUUACGCAAACAGAAACAAGCCCAAGCAAGCUUCCAAAGUCGCGACUUUCUCGGCUCGCAAAGAAAAUCAACACCAAGAAGAGCCCUCCGGCGCGCCAAAAAAGCCCGCCACAAGCAGCGAAGCCAGCAUUGUCUUCUUUUGGUACGGGCCCCGGGGCCAAGCGCGCAUACCGUGAAAAUAGAUGGAGCGAGCGAGCACCGGAUUUGUCACAGGUGGAGCUGAUGAAACCUUCUGAAUUCCCACCCAGGAUGAACAUAGGCACCACUACCUCGGUUGUGGGCCCAUCUGUGACAAGUCCUAAAUCCCCGGAAGGCCAAAAUCAACCCGCUUCUGAGAAUUCGGCCAGAUUGACCGGUCUCCUAGAGACAAAUACCGGUCAAAUAAACGAUAAAGCUGCGCAGCCGCCACAGAAACCUGCUGUUCUGGCGCCUUCGUCAGCCAUGGCUCCUCCACUGCCUCGCUCUUCGAACUUAGGCUCUACUGCGUCAGUUCCCUCGUCAGUUUACUCCUCGGCUGUGUUGUCUGGCCCCAGUGCGAUGUCGAAUCUAGAGAAAUCUGUUGGUCCUGUAGAUUUCACUACUUCUAUUUCCUCGCCAGCUACCCAAUCAAAGCCCCUUCCACAGGCCAACCUCAUUCAGCCUGCCGAUCCUGUAGAUAAUACUGCCUCCACUUUCUCGCCGCCAGGUGAGGCUCCUUUCACAAAUCCCGCUGAGCGGUCGAGAUCUGCCCUUACUGCACCCUCACCAGCUGCUUAUCCCCGCCCCACACCACAGGCCAAUACCGACGGGCCUACCGAUCCUUCGGCCUCUACUAGCUCAGUCUUACCUCCAGUUGUUCUUCCAGGAGCCCGUGUGGAGGCUACUUCAAUGAAACCUUCUGGACUCUCCGGUUCUAGCCUUACUGCUCGGUUGCCAGCCAUUCCAAAUAGGCACCGUGCAAUGGUCAAUCCUGAGAGGUACACCGAGAGGUAUACUGAGAAUCGAGACUCGCGGGAUAGCCGCGAGACAAUCCGAGGUUGGAACAGCUAUAGACCUAACCACACACUUGUGGCUGAUAGCUACCGACCGUCAGAGCUCUCUCGUCGGUCAUCGCCAUCCAGACGAUCACCACCCUCUCGUCGGCCACGGUCACGGUCACGGUCACGUUCCCCUUCCCCUCGAAGGGCGUCGCGCUCCGGUCAACUGCCAAGGUCUUUGGGUGGUAUGGGUGAUUAUUACACGCCUCGUAGCCCAUCUCCCACCAAUCCUCGGAUUCCGCCAAGGCCUUCAAAUUCAAGCGGGUGGAAUGAAGCUCCAUUAGCCAAUGCUCCAGCAUUUGCUUCCGUCGAACCCAGAGCUGGAGCCUCUGUUCAACCCAGUCUUUCUAUUACGGCCCAAAUUGCAAAAAUGCCUAUGCGUGAUAGCCGGGCGCCUGGUUGCAAGAGGAUGGGUGAUUACUGGUGUAACAUAACCCUGGGAGAGAUCCUUGUCCACGUCUUUAUCGGACCCGACAAGAAAGCCCUUGGUGCUUUCAGAUUAUGCGGCAUCCGUCCGGGUCUCCGCAAAUCUUUGGUCUUGGCUAAGAACCCGAAAACAAAACAAGUUGAGGUUUGGUUUAAGCACCUGUGCACAGUCGGGGAGUACGAAGGAUUGUGCGCAUCCAGUGAGACAAAUUCUGUGCUGAGUACAGGCUGGGCCGAGGGCUUCAGCGACACCAACCAAAAUCUGUUUCAUCUAGCAGAGGAUCUGCGAAAGGACGAUCUCAUCGCCAUUCACUAUCCUAUAAGGCCAAGAAGUGGACCAAACAUUGUCUGGGUUGCUUGGUCACGUGCAUCACAGGUAUUCAAGUUUCCACGUCCUAAGGAUGAAGUGCCACCCGGAAUCCCUCUGCUUAUUGCCGCUCGCACUAUGCUCGCACCGAUUGAAGUUCCAGGCUCAAGUGGACCUAGCCAGCCUACUGGUCAACCGCAUGGCCUUUUACCAGGUGCAUCGCUUUCACUGCGCGUAGAGCCACAUGGUGUAGAUGAUGGCCGGGAUUUCGGCAGUUCCUCAAGACGGUCGAGCUUCAAUCAUGAUGUGAGGAUGGGUGGAUCCUUGCACUCGCGAGAGACGCCGGUCCCAGUGCCGGCCCAAAGCUUUCCACCCGCAAUUGAACCCCGGGGUGAUUUACUUUACGCUAACCCCCAACCCCAGGAUAACCUCACGGUUCAAGUGGCUAAGUUGAUGGAACACUGCAAUAUCAACGUGGAAGAACUUGCGACAAUCGAGGAAGGCGGGAAACUAUCAAAGGCCGGGAUGUUCUAUUUGCACUUUCCCCUAGGCAAUAAAGAAAUACACCAGGAACUGCUAGCUCUGCAGGUAGUCUUGAAGCACCACGAGAAGAUCGUUCUCACGAGCGACAGCCCCGGAGAUUGGGCAAAAUUUAUCAAGAACAGUAGACAGGGUGUGGCCAUAUUUCACGAAUCGUUCGCCGGAUACGACAUGCUGCGUCCUGCACUCAAUUCUGUGCUUCCUCUAAACUCGUUCAAUUUCUGGAUUAUUCGCAUUGAAAGUCCACUCCAAUUAGUUGAUCCCCGUUAUUGUUCACCGGGUGACCAUCAUCUACGCAUCUUUCCAUAUGGCGGCGUCAUACUUCUCACCGAGGACAUGUUGACAGACCUCGAAGGGGUGGCGGUCACUCUCCAAUGGAUUCGAAGUGCUAACAUGAACAAGCGAAAACCUUGGACAUUGAUGUUUUUCCCCGGCAUACUUGAAUGGAUCGAAAGGAGGCUCGAUGAUGAGAAUCACUCGCAAGAUCAUGGACUUCUGCUGCUCAUCCACACGUUGAUCAUCAAGAACAACAUCACGGACCCUCGCAUGGACUUGUUUGAUAAAGCCAGUCUACACCGCAACUCAAAAAGCAACGUCAUCGCACCCUCUCUCAAUGAAUACGGCACUCGAACAGAGCACCACAGCCUCAAAAUCAAGGACAAAGUUGAACGCGACGCAGAUCAUCUGAUCGAAUUCUUCGCAGGGUGGUCAUUGGUUAACAUACCACGGUUCCGGAAUUUCGUCGCUGUCACGUCUCUCAGGCCCUCCACUGGAGCACGGUGGGAGGAAUGGGGCCAUAUGACUGUCAUGAGAGAUGGGUUCAAUCAUUUCUUUAGACGGUUCAAAAUAGACCGAAAGAGCAUUAUGACCUACCUGUCAGGUGGUUCCAACGCACAGGUAUCUACUAGCCAGGCAGCCACCCCGUCGACCAUGACCACACCACAGACACCUAAUUCGGCAUCUCAUAACUCCAACACCGCCGUCCAAUCUACCUUCACAGGCAGCCCAAACAAUAAAGGCAUGAAUAAAGACCGUGCUCCCUACAAGUGA